UUGGGGUCAAAAGCAUGAUUGCCCGCCGGGGCAUGUUUAUAAGCAGUUGAUAACUAGAGCAGCCCAGCACGGAAGCAUCUUGCGAGGUAGUUUGGUUUUUGUAGAUAAGAGCUUAAUGUCUGCUUCUGGGGCUGCCAGGACCCGUGCUGGGUGAUCAGUUACAAUCCAACAAUUGUAGGACGCAUGCGGCAUCCGCAUCACCACAGCCAUGAAGAUAUUAUCGGCUCUCCCAGGAGCUGCGCUUCUCUUAGCUACGAAGUCGACGGUCACGGUCGCAGCAGCCAAACCCGACCUCGACAGGUCUGUCUCGUUGCGGGCCGACUGGAUGUAUUUGACGCGCGACAUUGCUGACCCAGCCCAAUGGUCGCACGGCGGAAAGCGCUUGCAUUACCGCAAGACCAUCGACGACGGCUUUGCAUUCGUCGAGGUCUUUUCCGAUUCUCUCAGGCGCCGCGACCCCUUUGAUGCUAUCAAGCUUGCCAGCGCCUUAACCGAGGCGACUGGAACUACCCACGAGGCACUAAAGCCAGCGUUCCAGACCUUUACCUAUGGCUCCGACAAUGACGACAGCACCAUACUGGUGUCCGUCGGAGGGUCAAACUGGAUGUGCACCAUUGGGGAAGGAGGAGGGGCAGAAUCGUAUCGGUGCAGCCAACCACCCUCGCGGCCUGGAAACCGACCUCGUGGUUUCGGCGUCGUGCGUGAUCUCAAGGUGCCCGCCAACAAUCCUCCACGCAUUUCUCCCAACGGUCUCUGGGAAGCGUUUGUGCAACAAGACAAUGUCGUGCUGCGCGCCGCUGGUAGCACUGGCACUCCCACCCGCCUCAGCAACGACGGCACUGCAGAUGACUUUUACGACCCUGAGACGAUUGUCUGGUCACCCGACUCGAAAAAGCUCGUCGUCUAUCGUGUUAGACCUGGCUUCGCCCGGGAGGUUGUCCGCGUCGAAGCAGCACCGACUUUACAGAAGCAGCCCAAAGUGCACACUCAGCUCUACCCCAAGCCGGGCGACGACAUUGACCAGGAACAGCCGGUGCUUUUCCAUGUAGGCGAGCAGCUUGGGAGCAUUGAGAUCGAGUCCAAGCUGUUCCCUACACCGUGGCAACUCUCGUGGCCCGUCUGGCGCCGGGACAGUUCCGAGUUUGUGUUUGAUUACCAGCAGCGUGGCCACUCCCAGGCACGCGUGAUUGCUGUGGACGGCGUGACCGGCACACCCAGGGCAAUUGUGACCGAGGAUGCUGACACCUUUGUCUACGCCGACCGUCGCUAUCGCUACGAUAUUGGCGAUGGUAGCCAAGAGAUGCUCUGGAUCUCGGAGCGCGAUGGCUGGCGCCACCUAUAUCUCGUCAGCACUCCCGAUGGGACCAUGGAACAGAUCACCAAGGGCGACUGGCUGGUGCGCGACGUGCUUGGGGUUGAUCAGGUAAAGCGCCUCAUUUGGUUCUCUGCCAACGGCAUCGAUGCAGACGAGGGCAGGGAUCCGUACUUCAAGCACGUCUUCCGGGUGAGCUUCAACGGCUCAGACCUAACGCGUCUCACCAAAGUCGAUGCCUCUCACGAAGUCGUAUUCUCGCCAGACAUGUCACUCUACGUCGACACAUACUCCCGCGUUAAUCUUGCCACCAUCUCGGAACUGCAUCGUGCCGAUGGGUCUCUGGUAGAGGUUCUGGAGACGGGUGACAUUUCCCGGCUGUCGGCUGCCGGCUUCCGGGCCCCAGAGGUCUUUGUCGCCAAGGGGCGUGAUAACAUGACCGACAUUUGGGGCCUGAUAGUACGCCCUCAUGACUACGACCCGAGCAGGGCCUACCCCGUCAUCGAGAACAUCUACGCCGGCCCGCAUGACAGCUUCGUCCCCAAGACAUUCUGGCCCUUUGGUUACCACUCUGGAGGUGAUAAGGUCAUUGGCAUGCAGGCGCAGGCCGACCUCGGCUUUAUCGUUGUUCAGAUGGACGGCAUGGGUACAGCCAACCGCGACAAGGCCUUCCACGACGUCGCUUGGAAGAACCUUGCCGACUCGGGCUUCCCGGACCGCAUCCUUUGGCAUCGCGCCGUGGCUGCGCAGGACCCUAGCUACAACCUCAGUGGCGGCGUCGGCAUUUACGGCGCCUCCGCAGGCGGGCAGAGCUCUCUCAAUGCGCUGCUCUUCCACGGCGACUUUUACCGCUUUGCCGUCGCCUACGCUGGCUGCUACGACAACCGCAUGGACAAGAUUAGCUGGAACGAGCAGUGGCUCGGGUGGCCAGUCGACGAGAGCUACGCUGCGGCGUCGGGCGUCGACCACGCUGGGAAGCUCCAAGGUCAGAUCCUGCUUAUUAGUGGCGAGCAGGAUUCCAACGUGGACCCGGCUUCGACCAUGCAGGUUGUCGAUGCGCUUGUGAGAGAGGAUAAGAACUUUGAGCUAAUUCUUAUUCCGGGGGGUGAGCAUACCGUUGGUCGCUCGACAGAGCCAAUUGGUUACGUACAGCGGAGACAGUUUGAAUUUUUCGUACGUAAAAUGCUAGGCGAGACGUCCAGGUAGCUGGUGUAGUACGUGUCAAUAGUUGCGGCGCUUAAUCUUUUUAAAUUAAAUUAAGAUUAGCGGGAUCGCCGAUUAGCUCCUGACUAGCGUGUACUCUGGAACCAAACUCGGUUUUAAUUUAAAGUCGCAAAUUUUCUGCCUG